AUGGUGGACCGCUACCUCAUCAGCAGGGACAUCGUGGUCGAGGGCGCGGCGGUGCCCGAGAUGGUGAAGAUGAAACUCGAGCGCAACGCGGCGCUGGCGGAGGAGAAGCAUAAUGCCGCCGCGGUGAAGAAGGACUACGCAGCGCACGCCCGCAAGCUAGUGGCCUUUUGCCGCCAGGCGAAAUCGGCGGGCAAUUUCUUCGUGGAUCCCGAGGCCAAGCUGCUCUUCGUGGUCCGCAUCGUCGGCAUCAUCAAGCUCAGCCCGAAGCUGCUGAGGCUGAAGCAGCUCCACUACGGCGUGUUCCUGAAGCUGGUGCAGCCAUACGUGACCUAUGGCUACCCGAAGCUGAAGACUGUCAUCUCGGGUACUGUGGGAGAUCACGGCGUCCAUAGCAUGGAGAAUGUGGUCCACGAGAUCUACACAGUUGGCCCAGCGUUCAAGCAGUGCUCGAAUUUCCUCUGGUCCCUCAAGCUGUCUCCGCCAAAUCAGCGUGGGGGUUCAUCGGGCAACCGGGAGGACCUCAUCAACGAGCUCACCUCGAGGAUGAACUGA